ACAGAAUGGUGUUGGAUAUGACAGAGUGAUGGUGAGUGGUGGUGAAUGACAUGCAGAGUGAUGGUGAGUAUAAAGUGUAAACAACACAACACGUCAUUCAAGUUUGCACGCCUGCCACAUCACUUCAUCACCUCGUUACCGACCCGCAGCACCACCUCUUGUAAUGACAUAACCCAGUGGUGGUGGUGAUGGUGUUGUCUUGCCACUACCUCGACAACCGGAGAGGAGUGAUGGAGGUUGCUGCAUGGUGUUGUGCUGCUAUACAAACUAAGGGGAUUAAGUCAUAAGGUGGUGGUUUGAACAUGACCAUCUGUCAGUGUGGCUGAUGCUUGAAAGCAUGCAGUUAGUACUUUUGUGAAUCAUUGAAGGAGAGGCACAGGACAGUUCAGGCUGCUGCCUCUUUUCUGCCUGCCUGUCUGCCUGCUUGCCUAUCAAGCCUUCCUCACUUUUCUGGAUCAUGUUUCGCCGACUACGGAAUCUUGGACAUGCAUUUCUGCUUCUCACCUUUGCUGCUGCCAUCAUAUUCCUUUGUGGAUGGAGAGAUGCCCAACCAGCUCCCCUGCAGGGCCCAUCAUCUACUGUGGUUCAAGAAGGCCUUGUAAUGAUUCAGGAAAAGGACCUUGCAGUUAACAUGCCUCCAUUCCCUGUAUUCAAUCAGCAGCAGGAAGCUGUGCCUUUAGAUGCUAGGGAAAAUGACCUUCUAUACCGACCACCACUGGAUGUAGCAUUCAUCUUCACACAUGCACGGGACAACUGGCCACUGCAGAAUCAACUGAGGGUGGCUGCGGGGUCCCUGCUGGCACACUCAUCAGCACCGCUCCGCCUUCACCUCAUCACAGAUGAGGACGGCUUCCACACGGCCACCAAGAUCAUCAACGAGGUACAAGCCACCAACCAGCUUGAUUCCAGACACAUCAAGCUUCUUGUUCCUCUCUGCCAGCUGGUGUAUGUGUCGGCUGAUGAUUUCAUCCCAGAGAUUGAGUCAUCAGUCACAGUCCUGCAAGAGUUUUUCACACGUCGAGCCAAUUCCUACUAUCGUGAUGCUCUCUUCUUCUUCUCCCUCCACCUUCAUCAACUUCUGCCUGGCUUGGAGCGUGUCAUUCUGAUGGACAUUGACAUCAAGGUGAAGGGUGAUGUAGCAGAGCUUCACUCCCACUUUGAGAGAUUCACACCAAGCAACGUGAUGGGCAUGACACAAGAGCAGUCUCCAGUGUACCGCCACCUGCUCUCAGUGUACCGCCGUACUCACCCCAACACCACCCUUGGCAGUCCCCCAUCUGAGGGUGGCUUUACCGGCUUCAACAGUGGUGUGGUGCUCAUUGACAUCAAUAAGCUGAGGGAAUCACAAAUAAUAAAGAGCUAUCAGAAGAGACCCAAGCUGGUGGAACGAACACAGCACUACAGUUUCCAGGGCCACUUGGGAGACCAGGAUCUCUACACUCUGAUUGCCCUUGACCACCCGGAACUCUUCUACUCCCUCCCCUGUGGCUGGAACCGGCAGUUGUGUGACUGGUGGCGGGGACACGGCUACCAGGCUGUGUUCGACUUGUACUUCAACUGUCCAGAAGAGCUCAAGAUAAUCCACGGCAACUGCAAGACCCCAAUUCCUGACAAUUUGUGAGGUCAGGUGGUGGUGGUGAUGGUGGUGGUAGGGCUGGGAUACGUAUGGAAGUUGGGAUAACUCCUCCACAGGUAUGACGUGUGGUGUUUGGGUAGUAGGAUUACUUACAGGAGUUUAUUAUUGCAGGACACAGGAAAGGGUUGUGUGGAUUCCAUAAUCAUGAAUGUGGGAUCAGCCUUAGGGAUGUGAUGUAAGAUUGCUGUACAGGCUUCAUCAUCAUCAUCAUCAUAAUUUUUGUCAUUGUCUUCAUUACCAUCAUCAUAUUAUCAUCAUCUUAAUUUUAAAAGGCUCAUUGUGCCUGGCCUGUCCACUCACUGAUGGCUCUUCAGUUUUAUGAUCUCCAGCAGCCUCUCUGCACAAGAAUGGCCCUGAAGUGCUUAUGAACCUUGUCAUCCAAAAUUUUGGGAGGUCUACCUUUAAGAAAUACUAUUUAUAUUUAUGUCUAAUUACUUUCUUGUGCUUGCUCUUCUUUAUUCUCUCAACAUGCCCUGACCAUUCCACUUUAGUUCAUAUCUAUCCUCAAUAUAGCAUUUGUGAUCUGUGGUCUGUUUUGUAGUGGUGCACCAUGCAUGAAACCUGUGAGUAUCGUUCCUCACUGACCAUAUUUCACUACCAAAGACAUUAUAUUCUGAGUACAGUCCUCACACUGAUUGAAGAGAGAGUCCCUGUAAGGGAUGUGAUUUGCAGAACUUCUUGCAUGCCUCUACACAAACACGUGCAUCACCUAUACACGGAUCAGAUAUCCCAAGUGAAAAUAUUUCUAUACAAUGAAUGACUUUUAACUCGGGGCAAUCCGUUAGAGUUUGUCUAUCUCUUCCACCUGCAUUUUACUACACAGUUUUUGUUUCACUUGUGUCUUGUGCACCCACAUCUCGUUUACAUUUCUUGCAGACUAACCAUAGCCAUUACAAUGCAGUAACAAUGUCACUACCUUCAUGUAAGAUCUUCAUUUAUAUUUAAUUUUUUAUGCACCACUAAAAUGUGCAUUGCCAAUUAUCAUCUUUUCCUUGUUAUACCUCAAACACUUCUCUUACAUACAAGAUCACAUUUUCAUUUUUCAUUUUGUAAUCAUAAUGAAAACAUGAUUUCUUCCUUCUUUAUCAUCAGCUUACUUUCUGAGACUCGGUCUUUGCAGUGAGAAUUUAAAAGUAUCUUCUACCUCAGUCUUGUAUGCUCUGAGUUGAAAUGUAUUUUCUAGCUCUGUACAUUAGCUUCCAAAUAUUCUGUUGUGCUUCCAUAUAGAUAUUUUGUCUCACGUCCGAUCCCAUCUUCUAUCCCUUUUUCUCUAAUCAUAGCAUCAAAUUAAUUACUCCAAUACUAAGUCAUUGUCUGUAUCAUUACAUGUCAUUUAAAUACAUAUAAUAUUUCACACAUAGUAGUACUGCCUUAUUCACAGUCUGACCAGUGACAAAAGUGAUGAGUCAGGCUGCCCUCCCUGACAGCUAGGUAAUUAAGGUAACUCAUUCUUUCCAUGAAUAAUGCUCUAUAGCAGUCUCUGGCACCCCUCCCCUCCCUGCUCUCUCUCUCUCUCUCUCUCUCUCUCUCUCUCUCUCUCUCUCUCUCUCUCUCUCUCUCUCUCUCUCUCUCUCUCUCUCUCUCUCUCUCUCUCUCUCUCUCUCUCUCUCUCUCUCUCUCUCUCUCUCUCUCUCUCUCUCUCUCUCUCUCUCUCUCUCUGUGUGUGUGUGCUCUUAAGUAGCAUGGCUCCAGCAUACACAUGGCUAUUAAAUUCAUACUUAGAAAUUAAAGUUCCUCUUUUCUCAAAACUUUCAACCCUUCAUGUGAUAAUCUCAAAAGCAGGUCUUUUGACUCGUGUAAGGUUGUGGAAGAACAAAUAUUCUCAUGCCAGUGUUAUCUUGCUCUCAUCUAUGUAGAGCCAUCAAGAAAAUCAUGAUUGUCAUUCAUCUUCAUCACAUUUACAACUUCAUUUACCCAUUUCACAGCCACCAAUACCCCAACACCAUCCAGAUCCUUAUCAUUGCCAGACAACAUUUUGCCCCACAAUAUCACAAGGGACCAAAUAUAUCAUAUUGAGUAAAAGUUAGUAGGAAAGUAUUAAUAGUGGAAGAGGGACAUCAGAGGAAUGAUAUUUUUCUUGUUAGGAAGAAGCCAUUGGCAGCUGAGUGAUCCUAGUAUAUGAUUUUGUCCUACCACUCUAUGCUUCAUAUAUGUAUAUAUAUAUAUAUAUAUAUAUAUAUAUAUAUAUAUAUAUAUAUAUAUAUAUAUAUAUAUAUAUAUAUAUAUAUAUAUAUAUAUAUAUAUAUAUAUAUAUAUUUAUAUAGCAUAAGGAAUAUUCUUACUCAAGACAGCAUCAAAAUAGAGUUCAGCUUCUACUCAAUUUCUUUCUCAGUUUUACUUUAAUCAUCUAGUUAUAUAUGGUAGAAAUGCAAGCAGGAGUCUCAUAGAUGCUUCUUUAUGUAGAAGUCAGUCUGUUUUGUUUUCAUAACACUGGAAGAGAUAGGUGUGCUUUUAUUGAUAUUGAAACAGAGGGUUGUGGUGGUAGUGGUGGUGAUGCUCAAGCACUAGAGGGCAAAGUCAUGGGGAAGAGAGGGGUGAGUCAGACAGUAACAGAGUGUGGUGGUAUUCAAGAGCUGGAGAUGGCACUUGAAACUUGUCAUUCUCUCAUUUUUUCUGACAAAGCAUAGUUUUGCUACAUUGGUAGUUUUAAUCUUUCUUGAAUGUGGUAACUAUUUUCCUAGCUUGUAAAGGUUAGGAGUGGCAGUAGGAAUGUGAUAUCAAAAGAACCAAAAAGGGUAAUGUGUAUUAAAGUGUUUAAGGAAAAUAAGGUGGUAAAUCCAUCUCCAGCAUGAAUAUAUGAUGUGAUGUUUGGAUUUAAGCUGAGGGGAGUGAAGAGAGAAAGAACUUAACCAAGGUAACAAAUUCUCUCUCUCUCUCUCUCUCUCUCUCUCUCUCUCUC